ACCUGCUGGUUCGUUCCGCGUUUCCUCGACCCUGUCGCGCUUCCGCGAGCCCCGCAGGUGGACCCGCUCGGAUCCCGGAACUGGAACUCCCGCGGCGAGACGUGACCAAGGUCGCGGGGACCCGAAUCGUCAGGGAGUUAACCCGGAAGACGUUGACUUUCAAUGCGAGGCGGAAGUAUUAACGAUCUCUACAAAAAUGACCAUCGAUGUGAGAAAAGACCCGAACUCGUCCGAGACCCUGCCGCAUCCCUUGAGGGUAAACUUGGACUAAUCGGAUUUAUGAAAUACCAAGGGGACGUAAAAGGACGAACCGUCGCGAUAUAAAAGAGUUCGGUUUACGAAGGAUCGAGUUUCGAAUCAAUCGAAUGCGUUUUCUCCGUCUUGGCUCGUCCGUUUUGCGUCGUAACCCUUCGCCUUGGUGUUCUUCCCGACCCUCUCCAUAUCACCGCCGGGUGAACACGUGGUGGAAUUUCGAGUGCAGAGCGCGGAGAGGGUGUCGCAAGGCCCACGAGUUCUAGGAGUCCAGGCGGCCUAGACCGCGCAUGCGCUGGCCACGGUUGGGGCCAGCGAGCGCGCGCACCUCAGUCCUCCGCCGACCGCCGGUCGCCUCGUAUCUCUUGACGUUCGCGACCCGUCGCGUACACCUCACGGUUCCGUUUCUCGCGACUUUCGAAAGUUCUCGAAAACUCCGCGAUUCGCGACAAUCCCGGAAGGAUCGAUCGGGAAAACGUGCGCUUGGAACCGUUCGAUCUCGACUCCGUUCGUCCCCGAGUCGAACUCGGCGCUCCACCGACUUGUCUUCCGCGCGGUUCCUAAACUCGCCGCCAGGCGUCGCCGCGGGCGCCACCCGGAAGAGCGGAAUCGGCGGGACCAUGAGGAGUCGCGCCCGGCGUAGAAGGCAGUGAGUCGCGUCCAGCGAGCCGAAAGGGGGCGGCGGCCCGAUCGCCGCUUCCGGAACGCAAAAGGUCGGCUUCGCGAUCCGCAACGGCCGGACUUCCGGUCGACCCCCACUCCGGAACUUCCGAGGCAUCUCCUUCCAGGGGCACUCGCGAGUAGCGGCCGAAUUUCCCUUGGCGCGAAAGGGAAAGGACAUCGGGGAAAUUUGCCCCGGUAAGUCGUCGGCGAGCCCGCAGGCGGCGCCACUGGGCCACGAGGGAAUGUCAAUAGCCGGAGCGAUCUCCGGCGAGCAGCCGGUGAACGUCCGUCGCCACUUUCUUCGCGCUCUCCUUCCGAGGACCGGACGAGGUGACUCGGACGGGGUGGAGGCCAUGGACUCCGACGUGGCGGCGGAAGCGUGAAAGUCUCGUCGAUUGAUCGAGUCGAAUGAUCUUACGUUUGAUCGAGCAAGAUAUCUAACGGGCAAAACCGUGGCUCGGAAGGAACGACUCUCAAGGCCAGAAAACGAAACGGGAACGACGAGGCUACUCCGCCCGCUGAGAGAGAAGCCGCGCGACUCGACUCGACCUUGAGGAUCAUCGUCGUCGAGGAAUCGAUCACGUGGCCGCGCUCGACAGCCGGGAGGAUCCCAAGUUCAAAGACCGCAAAAACGUUUAAAGAGAAGCCUUGGGACCCGGCACAAAAAUCGGAACUUUUUCGAAAGACGCGAGCCGGGGGAGAAUUUCGGUGAUCGAGGAACCCUUCGUCCACAUGAUAUACAUGGAUGAUGCCGUUAAUGAUUAUCCUCCGAUUCCAGUGAUGGACUAAGAACCGGAUUUUAGCGCGGAGACGUUGCGUUUUCUGCGACCCGAGGAGGAACUAACAUUUUAAAUGAGAUAACUAAUAACUAAUUAAAUAAAUAAAUACGAUACAGUCCAACGAGUGAUUUACGUGGAUUGGGAUUUUUGAGAGGUAAUCGACGCACUCCGUAUCGAGACGACUCCUCGAUGAACGCCCACGUUUAUCGUGGAGCGUGGUAAUUGCGUAAUACGAUUAGCUCGCGGUAGCUGGAUUGCGCGUGUUUACGUCGGGGUAUUACUUUUCGCGAGGAAGAGCCGAUCGUCCGUCUCGUCCUGGAAGGCACCUGUUACCUCCGGACAAGCAGAAGAUAGAUGCCGAUUGACGGUAAUAGCCUGGAGGGAUGAAGAGGACGAGGAACACCUGGUGAACGAUCCGGAAGUCUCGGUGAACUAUUACCAGACCUACUCGAGAUCCACGGCUGAGAUUUUCUCACCAACAUGGCGCUGAUAACUCCCAGAAACUGCUCGCCGGUCGUCCGUGACAAAGAGAAUACACCUGCUUACGACAUCAAACUAGAACGCGUCCUGGGUGUGACCGUGUCCAGCAAUGCAGCUUUGGACUGCGACACCACCAGCGAGCUGGUCGCUUAUCCUGCUGGGUGCACGGUCGUGCUCUUCAAUCCACGGAAGAACAACCAAGCCCACGUGCUGAACGCAUGUCGGAAAACGGUGACGUCGCUCGCCCUGGCUGGAGAUGGCAGGUUGCUGGCAACCGGCGAAUGCGGACACAUGCCCAAUGUCCGCGUCUGGGACAUCUCCGACCCGAACAAUGCCGUGCAAAUUGCCGAGUUUCCCGGCCACAAGUACGGCAUCAAUUGCGUCGCCUUCUCGCCGAGCAACAAGUACGUCGUGUCUGUCGGUUCCCAGCACGACAUGAUCGUCAACGUCUGGGACUGGAGGAACAACGUAAAGGUUGCCUCGAACAAAGUGUCCAGCAAAGUAAAAGCGGUGUCCUUUGCAGAAAAUGGCAACUAUUUCGUAACCGUUGGCAAUAGACACGUCAAGUUUUGGUACCUGGAGUACUCCCGAAGCGCCAAGUACAAGGAACCAGUGCCUUUAAUGGGACGAUCUGCCAUAUUAGGAGAGCAAAGAAACAAUGACUUCGUCGACGUGGCCUGCGGUAGGGGCGAGAUGGCAGAUUCGACGUACGCUAUCACCAAAACCGGCCUCUUGUGCGAGUUCAACAACAGGAGGCUCUUGGAUAAAUGGGUUGAACUCAGAACAACUAGUGCGAACUGUAUGGCUGUCGGGGACAAGUACAUUUUUAUAGGAUGUGCCGAAGGAAUUGUACGGUGCUUUAGCCCGACCACUCUGCAAUUUAUUACCACGUUACCUAGAACGCAUUACUUAGGCGUCGAUGUAGCCCAGGGAUUAUCUAUAAGUCACAUGUCUCAACAUCCACCUAACGCAAGGUACCCGGACGCAAUUGCGUUAGCCUUCGACGAGCGCAACAACAAGUUGACCUGCGUUUACAACGAUCACAGUAUUUACGUCUGGGACGUGAGAGAUAUCAGACGAGUCGGGAAAUCUCAUUCUUUCCUCUAUCACUCGGCGUGCAUUUGGGGGGUGGAGAUGUAUCCCACGGGACCCGAUUCGAUCAGCUCUAUGCCUCCAGGCAGUUUCAUUACUUGCUCCAGUGACGAUACCAUCCGAGUGUGGAAUCUGGAGAAAGACGCGUCACUAAACGACACCAUGUUCAAGAGAAACAUUUACAGUAAUGAACUGUUAAAAGUCUUGUACGUGGACCCGGAACUUACUUAUCUGAAGGACUUGGACUUGGCGGCUGCCGGCUCGUCGGAAAAAAGUGAUGCAUCCUACGACGGGCGAAACGGUGUCAGGUCGAUAAGAGUCAGUCCAGAUGGGAAACAACUAGCAUCUGGAGACAGAUCUGGGAACAUCCGAAUCCACGAUGUAUCAUCGCUGGAAGAAUUAUGCCUUGUAGAAGCUCAUGAUGCAGAGGUUCUGUGCCUCGAGUACUCCAGGUUUUCGCGUUUUUCGACGGAUUCGCCUAGGCUUUUAGCAAGUGCUUCCAGAGACCGGCUUAUCCACGUAUUCAGUGUCGAUCAGGGCUACAAUUUCCUGCAAACCCUCGACGACCAUAGCUCGUCCAUUACCGCGGUGCGAUUCUUCAAUCAAACGAAUCAGCCUAAUCAGAUACAAAUGGUCUCGUGUGGUGCAGACAAAAGUAUUAUCUUCAGGCAGCUGCAAGCGACCCCAGGUGGUUUUCCGCAAUUCGCCAGAGGUCACAAUGCUCAAGGCAAAACGACGUUAUAUGAUAUGGAGGUUGAUUCGGGGCAAAAGCACGUUUUGACUGCCUGCCAAGAUAGGAACAUCAGGGUAUAUAAUGUAACCACGGGCAAACACAGCAAGACGUUCAAAGGCUCGGUAGGCGAGGAUGGGUCGCUCAUUAAAGUUGUAUUGGAUGCAUCUGGGAUCUACGUAGCUACCUCAUGUACGGACAAGACAUUAUGUGUCUACGAUUACUACAGUGGCGAGUGCAUGGCCACGAUGUUAGGCCAUUCGGAAUUGGUAACAGGUCUUCGGUUUAGUCCAGACUGCCGUCAUUUGGUAUCGGCAAGUGGAGAUGGAUGUGUAUUUGUUUGGCGCGUACCACACGAUAUGGUGGUCACUAUGCAAGCAAGACUCGCGCAACAAGCCAUGCGCGCCGGCAAGAGACCACCUCAGGUCAACGGCACCGCAGUUAGCGUUCAGUUGGAGAACGAGACUUUUGGCUCGCCUCCUCCAGACUUCCUCGAUCCAAAUAUCACCCCUGCGACCCAGGGGGUUGGCAUCGACUAUCGAUUCAGUGUUGGUCAAUUACCUCUGUGGGCGAAGAAACAAAUUACCACUGCUACCGCAACCGAAGAGAGUUCUACUACCAUUACCACCACGGUUCGGCCCAUGAGCGUAGAUCUGCCAAAAGGACGAUGGGCCCAACGAGUGCAACAGGGUGACGCGAUUACUGUCAAAUCGGUAUAUGACAGCGACGAGGUCAUCCCUUUCCCACCACCUCGUGGAGGAUUGGAUUCAGAUGGUGGAGUCGGAGGUGGAGGUUCCAAAGACAGCUCCAUUGACAGCGGCACAGAGACUAAGUGCAGCAGUGAUUAUCGUCGAGACGCGAUUAUCAUCAAAAGGGAGGAGGAUGAGACCGUUUUUCAACCAUGUGCAGAUAGUUACAGGGAACUCGUUGAAGAGACGAAGCAGGUGCCGGAUGGUAAUGUGACGUUAACUAGAGGUAGCAAUACCUCCGAAUUCACGCGUCACUCGCGGAGUCGUCACCACACCGACGAUAGCAGUCUGGGCAGCUUCAAAUUUGAGGACCACGAAAGCACAGAACAUGAUGGAGAUGUAGAAGAUUACUCCGAAGGAGAAAAUGGUACGACUGGUUCGGAAAAGUCACAUCAUCGUCUCAUGUAUUACCCUCCACCAGAUGACACCGUAUCCAAUCAAUUUACUGUCAACGCUAUGGACGUUGAAGAACUUCGGAGAUCUCAGAAGCGGUCGAAAAAACCUAGAGCUACUGAAAGUGGUCGAACAAGUGAACUUACUGCAUCCGGUAGCCAAGAUGACUCGGACUCGGAAGGGGGAGCAUCAACACCCAGUGCGGAACGAAAUCCUCUAUCGAUGCUCUCCGAAGCCAGUUCGGAAGGCUUCGAUCAGCUUACGAAUCAAAGUCAUCGUGAAAAAUUCCUGAAGAAUGCAUUCGAGUCUUUGAGCGGAGCUGAUGAGCCUACUAAUCGUACCAAAACGACUAGCAUCAGUUCUCAAUUUCACGGAAGAUCCAACGGUGGAGGAGAUACAGCACCGAAAUUAAGAAAUACAGCGGUGGUAAAUGCAACUAAGCAUGCAAGAGGUGACAUUGAUAUAGCGAAAAAACGCGAAGAACUCCAAAGAAGGAUAGAAGAAACUAGAAGAAAGCUACAAAGUGUGGGCUACAGGUCUUCACUAAAAAGCAGCCAAAGUAUCUCUGAUCUGAGCAGUCAUAUACCCGAGAAGCAUCACCGUCAAAAUAGACUCAACACAGGUAACAAACCCAGUCAGCCGAAUCAAUUUGCAAAACCGACUAACCCCUGCAAACCCAUGCCACAUCCAAAACCUACUCUUAAACCAAAACAGCUCGCUAACAAUCUCCCAGGUGUGGGUAACGCUUUUUCCAAAUUCGAAGUUCCAAACCAAAAUCACUUACCCAAGAGUCUGACAACACCCUGCAUAAAUGAAAAGACAAAACCUGCUCUGGCUCGCCCGAUAACGCUCACUUUGAAAAAAACUGAAAAGUAUAAGCUGUCCUUAAAUAAGGCUAAUCAGUCGUUGCCCGAAUCACCGGUUUGUGAAGAAUUAAAAGCCCUGAAGGAACAGUGCAAAAAGAAUGUCAGUCGAUUCGCAAGGUUCGCCCAAAAAAGGAGAUCCUGCAGCUACUUUAUCGGAUUGGACGACAACGAGGAGGAAAUAGAAAACAUUACCAAGUCGUUCGAAAGUCUACCGGUCAUGAAUGAACGGAACAUUGAAAAAUUAGGACAAAUGUCCGACGAAGAAGAGGAAGGAAACGGGAAUUUUAGCGAUGAUUCCUUGGAAGGUGACUUUAAAAACCCCCCGCGAAGAUGCGUUAGCGAUUAUCAGAUUAACAUUCGCAUGGAUAGUCAAACCGAGAACAAAAAUUACCACAAUUAUCACAGUUUGCAUAAAAAGAUUGUAACGAGGUCUCAGGAAAGCAUAUUAUCGGAUGCAUCCGUUGAGUCGUUUUCCAAGGGAAGUGCAGAGAUUCUGGAUUGUACUCAUUACGAACACGAUCGACAUUCCAGUGCGAGUUUCUUUCUCUCCCGAAGAAAGAUGCAAGCAGGCAGAAGCCAAGAGAGUAUUCUGACCGACGAGUCCGAUUAUCAGAUGUUCCCAUUACAAGAGAAUGCCGAUCAUCGAAGUACCGAAAGCGUAUUGACCGAUGACUCGGAUUCUUUGGUCAAAUCUGCGCCCCUAGAAAUGUUAUUUGACUCACAUUAUAAGCGAAAGAGGCAAAAUUCCGAAACCUACAAUGGUAAUCCUAAUAAUGCAGUGGACAAUAAUACUCUUUCGCACGAUCAAAGUUCCUCUGAGAAUCCUGACAUGGGCAGAGCGGUGUUCAGAUCGAAAUCCCUCCAAGACACCAGACUAAGCGAGGUAAAAAAUUCAACUAAUUACACGGAAGACGGAGCGCAACCUAAAACGCGGAUUUAUUACGAAUUCAAUUUCGAGGAGAAGCGCGAUAAUCGUCCCGAGGGUAACAGUGCCUCUAAAUCGAAUAAUGCGUCGAGAAGCAAUAGCCUGAAAGCACCUAUAGAACCACAGUCGAUGUUGAUCUUGAACGACUUUGUCGCUCACAAGCCACCUAAACCGAAAAGAAAUUCAGCUCGUACCCAAAGUAUGAGGAACAGAGCUAGACCCGCGUGGAACAAAUGCAACACGGAUUCAUCGUCUCAACAACCAUCGAGCCUAAAACAUAUUUCAGCGACACAUAUGACCGGUCAAAACGAAAUCGACAUAGCCAGACCUGCAGAAGGAAUGAGUAACACAAAAAAAUUCGAAAGACUUGCCCAGUCUCAAAAUUACCCUCCACAGGACACUGACGAUCGAGACGCUCAAGAGAAAUUUUUCAGUUUGCAAGUGGGUCGCCAGGACAAGCAAACUGGUUUGCAAAAGGAGGUAAUUUAUACCAUAGAAGGAAAUAAAAGCGACGAUGGUGCCCGGAUUCACGAAAUAACUGCCGGACCACCCUCUUUUAGGGAAAGAGAUCUGAAUUGUUUCGAUACGCAAAUUCCUACCAAAGACACCUCCGAAACGUAUGAUUCUUUGGAACCAAACGUCACGAUGUCCUCCGACGUACAAACGAUAGAAACGCAGGCUCGUAAUCAAUUUACAUUAAGAGACGAGCAAUUUGAUAUUUCGGAUGCGAGUGUUGACAUACGAAUAACACGCGCCAUCGAGGGAACCGUCAAACUGCUGUCGAAGGAAUUCGAAAACCUGGUACGAAGGGAACAGUAUCUGAUGAAAGGAAAGGACCUGCGACUGCUACACUGUCAAGAGUCCAACGAAAACUUCGCCAAAUUAGAGGCCGAACGAGACAUCAAAUGCUCGGUGUUCAGACGAGAAAUGAGAGGCCACUCUGGCGGGGAAGAUAGCGAUUGCGCCGAUGUGUCGACAAUGGACAAGUCUUUCAUGGAAAGCGGCAGUUCGACCCCUGCAUCAAGCUGCACGAAUUCGCCUAAACGUUUAUGGCCACCUGCCUCGAGGUGUCAGAGUCAGCUGAAGUGGACGAAAACAUUGCCGACAAUCAACCAGGCGAUUCUUCCCUCGAAGCACCAUUACGCAGGUACCUGAGAACUUAGGAAGACGAUUUUGAUAGAUGUCACGUGGUCCGGUCUUGACGUACGAGAUGCAGCUCGACGUCGGCGUUAGAUUGUGGAAGAAUGUGCUACGGGUCUUUU